AUGAAAUUAAACAAGCGAAUAUCACUUUUAGAACAAAAUUUUUCUAUAACUACUGAACAUUUAACUGAACUUAAUAAAAAGGCGACAAAAACUGAAGAAGUUGUAGCAAGACAAGAGAAAAUAACUAGAACAACAGCUGAAACUGUUGCUAAACAUGAACAAAAGAUUAAUGAACUUCAAAAAGAAUUGCGUCGUCUUUCCCAGCAACUUCAAGCUGUCGCUACCUCAAUUCAGCCUACUACAAUUAGACCCGAUGGAAAUGGGUUUUAUCCACCUCCCCCUUUAUCACAAUAUCAACGUUAUAUGAACAAUGAAAAACAACAAAAUCAAUGCAAUGGGAAAAGUAAAAAUUUUUUUUUCUAA